AUGUGCAGUGAAUUUUGGGGGCGAAAGCAUCGUGGUGAAGGAGUGAGAGACAGGACUCAAAUGAUUCAUGUGCUCCGUGAGACUUGGCAGGUGUGCACUUUGGCAAGUUCGAAGUCCAAACCUUUUACAUCUAAAGUGAAACAGAUGCGACUACAUAAAGAAGAUUUUGAAAUCCUGAAGGUGAUUGGUCGAGGAGCCUUUGGGGAGGUUGCAGUAGUAAAGCUGAAGAAUGCAGAUAAGGUUUUUGCCAUGAAGAUACUGAAUAAGUGGGAGAUGCUGAAGAGAGCUGAGACAGCCUGUUUUCGAGAAGAGAGAGAUGUGUUAGUGAAUGGAGAUAACCAGUGGAUCACAACAUUACAUUAUGCAUUCCAGGAUGAAAACUAUUUAUACCUGGUUAUGGAUUACUAUGUUGGAGGAGACCUGCUUACAUUGCUCAGCAAGUUUGAGGACAGGCUACCUGAAGAUAUGGCUCGUUUUUAUUUGGCUGAAAUGGUGAUAGCUAUUGAUUCAGUUCAUCAGUUGCAUUAUGUUCACAGAGACAUUAAACCAGACAACAUCUUGAUGGAUAUGAAUGGACAUAUCCGAUUAGCAGAUUUUGGUUCUUGUCUGAAACUGAUGGAAGAUGGAACGGUCCAGUCUUCAGUGGCAGUUGGAACGCCAGACUACAUCUCUCCAGAAAUCUUGCAGGCCAUGGAAGAUGGAAAAGGGAAGUAUGGGCCCGAGUGUGACUGGUGGUCCCUGGGAGUCUGCAUGUAUGAAAUGCUUUAUGGAGAAACACCCUUUUAUGCUGAGUCCCUGGUGGAGACCUAUGGGAAAAUAAUGAACCACAAAGAGAGGUUUCAGUUUCCUGCUCAAGUGACAGACGUCUCUGAAAGCGCAAAGGACCUCAUCCGAAGGCUCAUUUGUAGUAGAGAGCAUCGACUUGGGCAAAAUGGGAUAGAAGACUUCAAGAACCACCCAUUUUUUGCUGGGAUAGAUUGGGACAACAUUCGAAACUGUGAGGCACCUUAUAUCCCAGAGGUCAGCAGCCCCACUGAUACCUCAAACUUCGAUGUGGAUGAUGAUUGCUUAAAAAAUUCUGAAACAAUGCCUCCACCAUCCCACACUGCAUUUUCUGGCCAUCAUUUACCAUUUGUGGGUUUCACAUACACAAGUAGCUGUGUGCUUUCAGACCGCAGCUGUCUAAGAUUGACAGCUGGACCACCCUCCAUGGAUCUUGAUGCCAGCAUUCAAAGAACUCUGGAGGAUAGUUUAGCAACAGAAGCUUAUGAGAGGAGAAUAAGACGUCUAGAACAGGAAAAGCUUGAACUUAGUAGAAAACUGCAAGAGUCUACUCAGACAGUCCAGGCUCUGCAGUAUUCAACAGUGGAUGGCCCAAUAACAGCAAGCAAAGAUUUAGAAAUUAAAAGUUUGAAAGAAGAAAUUGAAAAGUUGAAGAAACAGGUGACAGACUCUGGUCAGCUAGAACAGCAACUUGAAGAGGCCAGCACUGCAAGGCGGGAGUUGGAUGACGCUUCCAGACAAAUAAAGGCAUUUGAGAAACAGGUCAGAACGCUGAAGCAAGAGAGGGAAGAUCUUAAUAAGGAACUGGCAGAGUCUAGUGACAGAUUAAAAUCCCAAGCCAAAGAGCUGAAAGAUGCACACAGCCAGCGGAAAUUGGCAAUGCAGGAGUUCUCAGAGAUGAACGAGCGGCUGACAGACUUGCACUCUCAAAAACAAAAGCUUGCCCGCCAGCUCCGAGAUAAGGAGGAAGAAAUGGAAGUGGUGAUGCAAAAAGUAGAAAGUUUAAGGCAAGAGUUACGCAGAACAGAGAGACUUAAAAAAGAACUGGAAGUCCAAGCUGAAGCUGCAGCUGCUGAGGCAUCCAAAGACAGGAAAUUGCGAGAGAGGAGCGAACAGUACUCUAAACAGUUGGAAAGCGAAGUAGAAGGGCUAAAGCAAAAACAGGUCGGUCGCUCACCUGGGGUAAGCAGUAUAGAACACCAGCAAGAGAUCACUAAAUUAAAGGCAGACCUGGAAAAGAAAAGUGUUUUCUAUGAAGAGGAACUAUCUAAACGUGAACUAAUGCAUGCUAAUGAAGUGAAAAGUCUGAAGAAAGAACUGCGGGACGCAGAGAGCCAGCAGCUUGCUCUCAAGAAGGAGAUCAUGAUUUUGAAAGACAAGUUAGAGAAAACCAGAAGAGAAAACCAAAGUGAAAGAGAGGAAUUUGAAACGGAGUUCAAACAGAAGUAUGAACGAGAAAAGAUUCUGCUGACAGAGGAAAACAAAAAACUUUCAAAUGAACUUGAUAAGCUCACCACCAUGUUUGAGAGGCUGAGUAUGAAUAACCGGCAGCUGGAAGAAGAGAUGAGAGACCUGGCUGAUAAAAAGGAGUCCGUGGCCCACUGGGAGGCCCAAAUUACGGAGAUCAUCCAAUGGUGA